AGUGCAUUAUUGUCCAUCGCGGCGGGAAGUAAACAAAAGAAAACAGACAACAAAAGCUUACCAUUACAGAAUAUUAUGGUGGGAGUCCAUUAUUGGAAAGCAACAAGGCAAAGGGGAUCCAGUGUGCAGCGUUAGUGGGAGAGGUUUGGGGACAAGCGGGUUUCGCUGCUUUCGAGGUACUACAACGUUAGUGGGGUCCCACAGUGUUGAGUUGUUGAUCCAACAUCCUAAUAAAAUUGUCACAACCAUACGCUCCUUUAUAUAAGUCAUAUUGUGGUUUAUGUGUAGUACAAAAUUUUGUUUUGCGUAGUUUGUGAAGUGGAAGAUGGAGACCUCGAGAACAAGUUCUCGGGUCCUCUGUCUAAUCCUUGCACUGUUGAUAACAAUUGUUGGGCUUAGAUGUGACGAUAUGAAAAAUGGAAACGCUUCAAGUCAUGAUCACAACAAUGCGACAUUUGUAACGUUCCCUAAUCAAGGGAUAAAUGCAGAACUAAAAGGAGAACACGACAGUUCAUACGACAGUAAUGAUAAAGUUCACGUCGAGAACAGCUUGUAUUAUGGAGGAGGCGGAGGCGGUGGAGGAGGAGGAGGAGGAUGGGGUGGUGGUGGGGGUGGAGGAGGGGGAGGUGGUGGUGGAGGAGGUGGUGGAUGGGGAGGUGGAGGUGGAGGUGGAGGAGGAGGAGGAGGAGGCGGUUGGGGUGGUGGAGGAGGAGAAGGUGGUGGUGGUGAUGGAGGUAGUGGGUGGAGAUGUAGGGGGCAUGGUAGAAGGAAGGGGCAUGAUUACAAAGCGAAGAAGAAAGAGGUGUAUGAGGAGGAAGAGUAUAGGUUGGGAGAAUAUGCAGAAUGCAAGGGAAGAACACGAUGCUGGGGAAUGAGGUUGGAAUGCCCCCUUCAUUGUGGAGGACCUUGUUUCUAUGAUUGUCACAAUUUCUGUAAGGCUCAUUGCCACCAAACCUAGACACCAAACCCGUUUUCUCUUACCAGGUUACACAUUUUUUCUCUUAUCACUUAUAAAUAUAUACAUUUUUUAUUUCCCGUGUCUCA